AUUCAUUCUUCAUUUAUGCCUCCUCUUAUUAUAAUUUCUUCAUGAAAUAAUUCAUGGCAUGUUUUCAAACCAACAUUAUCAUCAUUAAUAUUAACAACAUCAAAAAAAUGUAUAACAACAACUCGGACCACCCUCGUAUUUCUUUCUCUCACGAUUUCGCCGAAUCGAUUCAUUCUUGCCCACAAAUCCUUAAACCCAACGCACCGGUUUCCUCGGACUUUGAGUUUUCGGUUUCUGGGAAUAAUAUGAUGACUGCUGAUGAGUUGUUCUUUAAGGGCCGUUUGUUACCUUUUAAGAAUAAUGUUUCCAAUGCUGGAUCCGUUGUUGGUCAGAAAACUACACUCCGUGAUGAGCUGCUUGCCGGAGAAGAUGAUGACUCUGGUGGUGGUGGCGUCGGCGGCGGCGGCGGCGUUUCUUCCAGGCCGCCAAAACCUUCUUCAAGUACCAGGUGGAAAGGUUUUUUGGGUUUAAGGAAAUCUCAUAUUGGGUCGAAAAGAUCUGAUAAAGGUGAUGGGUCAAGAACCGGAUCCGGUUCCGGGUCGGGUCAAGAUGAUGUUUAUGUCUCCAAAACUCCACAGGAAAUGAUUAAACAGGGAGGGGGAACAAGUAAUUGCAGGGACAUGGAUUCUAGGAUGCAAUGAGAGUAUAAUGUUGUAAAGGGGGUGUUAUGGGUGAUUUUAUAUCGGAAAAUGAGGGUUAUAUUUUGUCAUUUUAGAGUAGAAAAUUUGGAACAACUUUAGGUAUUUUGAGUGUCAAAAGGGUGUAUUGUGAAAUCACCAUAGAAGUUAGUGUUUGAUUGAUGGAGGGCUUGUAUUGGAGGGUGAAAUUGUAAUUUACUAGUGGGAUAAACGGAUCUCUAACAGUCAAUUUGACAUCAACUUCAAUCUCUUUCA